AGAAGAAGAAGAAGAAGAAGAAGAAGAAGAAGAAGAAGAAGAAGAAGAAGAAGAAGAAGAAAAAGAAGAAAAAUGUGGGAAAUAAAGAUGGUAAUAAUUCUGUUAACUAUGGAAUUAAUGGAUGUGGGUUGCAAUACAUUGGGUAAAGCAGCAAUGGCUAAAGGAAUGAGCAGCUUUAUCUUCACUACUUAUACUCAUGGCAUAGCUUUCUUCUUCCUUAUUCCCCUUGCCUUCCUUUUCCACAGGAAAACUCCAUCUCCACACAUCGGUGUUGCUAUGAUCUUCCGACUCUUCCUACUCGGAGUCCUUUGUUGUGGUUGCUCCAUGUUCUUGUUUAUUGGAAUACGUUAUAGCUCACCAACUCUUGCAUCAGCAAUGAAUAAUCUAUCUCCUGCUUUCACUUUUAUAAUGGGAAUAAUUUUCAGGAUGGAAGUAUUGAACAUGAGAGCUCAAAGUAGCCUACUCAAAUCUUUGGGAACGUUAGUGUCAAUUGGUGGUGCGUUCAUAGUGACUUUGUACCAAGGAAUGCCCAUUUAUAUAUUUUCUUCUUCUCCAACCCAAUUCUCUCUUCUUAAUGCAAACGAAACUCAACCCAAUUGGGCCCUUGGUGGACUUUACCUUUUUGGUAGUUGUAUAUUUCUAUCACUUACCUACAUCACUAAGACUUGGAUAGCAAGGGACUUCCACUCAGAGAUACUUAUAACAAUGAUUAGCUUCUUCUUCGAAACAAUCGUAGCAGCAAUUGUUACCUUUCUAGCUGAAGAUGAUACAAGUGUUUGGACCCCGAGUAUUAGCAUCGUGUGGAUUGCUAUUUUAUUCGGGGCUUUGGAAGUUGGUGUGGUAAAUACUGUCCAGACUUGGGCUUGUGGAAAGAAGGGGCCCUUAUUUGUGGCAAUGUUUAAGCCACUUCAAAUGAUAAUUGCAGUGGUUAUGGGAGUAUCUUUUCUUGGAGACAUUCUCCAUCUUGGAAGUUUGAUUGGAGGCACAGUUAUAGCAAUUGGAUUUUACACGGUGAUGAAGGGAAAAGCAGAAGAGGAGUCCGAAAAAGAAGUUGUUGAAAGUAGAUUGGCAUAUAGCUCUGAAGAAGAAGAUUCAGCUUCUCAUAAAGAACCUCUGUUGCGAAACAACGUGAAUGUAUAAAAAAAUUAUAAAGUUCAAAAUUUUAUUCUAAAAUUUCUUCAACAUAUAUCCCAAGUCUUUACCAUAUCACAUGGAUACAUGGUGAUACAUGGUGUUAUGGUUUACAAAAAAAAAAUAAAAAAUAAAAUUGUAAUUAGACACAAUUUUACAAAAUAGAUUAUUUUUAUUUAUUUUUUUUUUCCAAAAAAAAAACCCUACGUAUGUGCAUUUAUUGAUCUGGUUCAUGCUCGACUUGACUUAUU